ACCUACGUGAACACGAUGCUAAUAUCUCACUCUCCCCAUCUCAACCGGCUCAACUUUCAAGAAGAAUUCGUGGAUGAAAACCAUACAUCAUAUCCUGCAUCCGAACCCUGGUUGUGUUUUGUAUCGUCUGAUUAUCGGCCUCACAUUCAUCCGGAAAUCAAUUCAGCACUCCCAGCUGCAUCAAGCAUGCCUUCCGUUACCGCAACACCACCUGAAGUGCGCGUCCCCACUCCUCUCACAUCUUACAUCACAACCUACACUCUCACUCUCACUCUCACCCAGCACCAAAACUCAAAUCCAAAUCCAGACUCAAAUCAUUAUUCAACACCAAACUCAAACUCAAAAAUAACCAUCCCCCUCUGCACCACCUGCCGCUCCGCCGUCCUCCCCAGAAGUCUACUCGAACACCUCCGUAAACAACAUGCUUUACCGGCUGAACUGAGGGGUUUGGUGAGGGGAUUUGUUGAUUCUUUGACGGUUGAGUCGAGGAGAGUAGGGUUUGAGGAUUUGGAGGGGUGGAGGGGUGGUUGUGGGAAUGGUGAUGGGGUUGGGGAGGGACAGGGGGACGGAGAGGGAGAGGUGGUGAAGGGGUUGAGGGUUGUGAGGGCGUGGAGGUGUAUUUUUGUUGUUGGUGGUGGUGGUAGUGAUAAUGGUAGUGCGGAAGGGAGAGGAGGGGAGGGAGUGGGAGAGGAAGAGCGUGAGAGAAAGAGGGAAAAGAGGGGAAAGAGGGGAAAGAGGGGGGAAGGGAAGAAUUGUAGAGGGGAGGGAGGGAAAGAGUGUGGAUUUAUUAGGAGGGAUGUCACGGAUUUGAGGAGACAUGUUAAUCUUGUGCAUGGUGUUGGAGCAAAGGGAAUAUAUGAGGCGUGUUUGGCGCAGAGUUGGUUUGGGGGGAGGAGGGCUGUGUAUUGGAAGGUGGGGGAUGGGGAGGGGAGGUCUGGUGCUGAUGCUGGUGCUGAUGCUGGUGGGUAUGAGAAUGAGAAUGGCAAUGAGAAGGCAAGAGAUGGGGAUGGAGAUGUGGUCAUGGGCGAGACUUUACAUGGUGAGGGUACCGCUAGUGAGGAAACGAGCGAGAUGGUUGAGAGGAUUGUCUGUGAGGAUGAAUUGAACGAGAAAAUGGUGCACGAAAGUGAGGAGGCAGAGGGACAGGAGAAAAGGCUAAAAACACCUGUUUUCACGAGUCUUUGUCGCUGGGGGUUUUAUGGCAAGGGAUUUGGUGAUAAGACGCCAAUGACUUGGAGGGUGAAAGAUGGGAAGGAGACGGAGAUUGAGAGGGAGCUUAGAUUGGGGAAAAUUUGUUAAUUGACAACCUUAGUGGAAGGGGUGUGUGAUGGAGAGAUAUUUGAAGUCGUUGAAGCAUGGCAGUGGUAAAAAUAAUGGAUUGAGUGGAUGACUGCAGGAGGCAGACUCGGGAUCAAUGCGAGAUCUGAAGAGGUUGCACCAUAGCCUACCGAAGAGAAUAGUUCCGAGUACUGUUGACAGUUCUGAAGGUUGGUGUACUUUUGGAGGUGAAUGUAACAGAGUCAUCGUCAGGCUUUCUGAUUAAUUUGGAGUCAGAAAAUAAGCCAACCAGAGCUGUCGCUUGAGGAAACUGGAAGGGGUUCGGAAGAUUGGAAAAGAAUUUCAUGAAGAGGAACUACAAAUAGGGGCAGUCAAUAACAUCUGUAGCUCCGCUCUGAUGCAAGCUAUCAAGAAACAGAAGGCCGAGAAAGAAUCAACUCAAUUGAGGCUUGCUGACAUCAGAUAUUGGACAGGGAAGAGCAGUGGCGUAAAACUGACUGACUUCAGUAUCUGGUGAGCAGAGCAGAGCAUACAAAGCAAAAUCAAAGGAUGUGAUGGAUCAUGGAAGUAUUCACAAAACGAAUGCCUGAGCAUGAUAGAGCGUGAAAACCCAUAAUGCGUCCUAAAGAGGGGCAUGUUUAAAGUUCCUCUCUGGCGGCCGUUCCGGAUAAACAUCACAUCACCAGAAUGCAACAAAAUUCCUGCUGCACACCACAGCAACACAAUCCAAAGAGCCCCACCCUUCAAUUCUUCAGCCAAAUUCUCAAACGCUGCGGAUAAAAUGACCUCUGUUUCGCCUAACUCGAGGAAAUGAGCUCGCCAAUUAUCCCCAGACUCACAACCAAUCGCUCACCCUAAAUCUUGGAUAAAAUAAAUAGGCAUGAAAUGGCAGUGAGGCGAAGUACAGUUCGGUGCAGCUCAGGUGAACGGUGAAGGGUGAACGGUUAAGCGCUCGUUAAUAGUAGGGGAGUGAGAAGGGAAAGGAAAGGUAAAUACGAGAUCAAAGACAAAGAAAUCAAAAUUGAAG